AUGGGGCGGCAGCCGUGCUGCGACAAGCUGGGGGUGAAGCGCGGGCCGUGGACGGCGGAGGAGGACCGGAAGCUGAUGGCCUUCAUCCUCGGCAACGCCGGCCGCUGCUGCUGGCGCGCCGUGCCCAAGCUGGCCGGCCUACUGCGCUGCGGCAAGAGCUGCCGCCUCCGCUGGACCAACUACCUCCGCCCCGACCUCAAGCGCGGCCUCCUCACCGACGACGAGGAGCGGCUCGUCGUCGACCUCCACGCCAAGCUCGGCAACAGAUGGUCCAAGAUUGCUGCCAAGUUACCAGGAAGGACAGAUAACGAGAUUAAGAACCAUUGGAACACACACAUAAAGAAGAAGCUCAUCAAGAUGGGAAUUGACCCGAUCACACACGUGCCCCUCGAAGUCCGAAAGCAGCCGCAACAAGCUAGCCUAUCCACAACGUCUGCACAAUCCUCGACCAUCACGAUAGAAUGCAAGUCCAACAAUGGGCAACAAUGCCAGCAACAGGACACCCACAUCAACAGGGACAAGGACGCGUCAUCGGUCGGCGGCGAGUCUAGCCCACCGAACUUAUCGGGCACAAACACCGACAACACUACGGGUGGUAGCAACAACAUCCAUGAUCAGGAUCCACUAGUGAAAUGGCUGCUGGAAGAGGAGGAUGACCUCCCUGCCAUUGGCAUCGUCGAAGAGCCGUGGCUUGACUUCACAGUCGAAAAUGAUGUUGACAAGUUCAAUGGCAUUCCCUCCACCAUGUCGUGGGACAUUGGAACGACGGAUUGGCUGCUCGACUACCAAGAUUUUGGGGUAGGGGACUCAACUUUGCUUGAUGAUGCCUCCAUGGUCGACAGCUCAAGCGGAUCAAACCUCUAG